GGUGUGUCACUGUGUGAUCAGUGCAGUUGAAAUUACUAGAGCUUAAUCACUCUAUUAUCUAUGUGCUGGUUAAGACUAUAAAAAAUAGCUAGGAAAGAUGCAAGACAAGAAGCAGCCAAAGGAGCAGCUAUACACAGAGCUACAUUCAACAUGGGAAGAAGCAAAUAAGAAAGGAAUGACCAAAAAAUCAUUCAAAACCUUACUAAAAGAACACCAACCAAAGAAGAGAAGAAAUACAUCAACUACAGGAACAAUAUGUCAGUAUAUCAGUAAAUGUUUUAAUGUAAUGUGGACCUUCAUAUUACUACUGAUCCUAUUGUACAUAUUAAUAGCAUACACACCUCCAGUAAGCAAAGCACUCCAGACCCACCUCCAUGAUAAAGUCUACACCAUAUACAGAUGGACUAGGCUAUCAUAUCUCGCCAUUCAUCCACACCUACUGUCCUUUGGAAUAGACCUGUCUAGAAUAUGUCUCAUUGAGAACCCACUGGUUAACGAGACACUCUACUGUCCUUGCAUUAGAAACCCUACACCUGUGGACACCAUAACCUACCCCUCCUCCUCCUCCCCUCCAUCCAUUGUUGAUAAGAUAUCUUCAGAUAACAUUACUAUCAUUCAUGACUACCUAACUAUCAACGAGACUUAUGGACGCUCUACUUUAUUGAAGUACUUUAGUGAACAUCAUCAGUCACCAAGUGCUUGCUUACAUAAUGUUAUGGGUAAGGAAGGUCCUAGCUCUGUUGGUGAUAUCGUUAAUGAUAAUAAAUGGAAGGAGUUUAUGGAGGCUAAAGAACCAUGGGGUUAUAUGUGGCAUGACUGUCAUGAUUUCCCAUCAUUGCGUCCAUACUUACCUCAACUUAAUGAUAAUAAUAUCAAGGAAAGCAAUGUAACAGUCUACACCUUAUUAACAAGAUGGCAGAAAGCAUUCUCUUAUGAAUUUGAUGAUGUUGACAUGAAUUCAGUGGUGCUAUUGGUAGUACAAGGUACUGUGCAUAUUAAGAUUGAUCCAAACAGAUACUGUGUGCAGUACUGCAUUGAACAAACUAAAAAGAUGAUAAUGAACCAGGGGGACAUUUUGAUUUAUGAUAAAAGGUAUUGGAUGUACAUUGCCAGAAGUUGGAGUGAAACAACAUUUCUAAUGACAAUACCUUUCAACAAAUCAUCAAUUAUUAGCAAUUAAUAAUGCAAGCAUAUGUGGGUGUGGCCAAGUAUUGCAAUUAAUUAACUAAUUAGUAUUUAAU